AUGGAGGACAAAAGACGGCGGGCCCGAGUGCAGGGAGCCUGGGCUGGCUCAGUGAAGAGCCAGGCCACACCUGCCUUAACUCUCAUUUCAGGCCCUGCCACAAGAUGUCCUCCACACCAGAAGCCGGGCCUGGGCUGGGAAAACCAGGAGCCUCAUCUGGGCAACAGAAAGUUCGUGUUCACAGAGCCCCAACAGGUUAUCCGCCGAGUCCCGGAGCCACGUGUCAUUGACAAAGCAGGUGUGUAUGACAUCAGCCUAUCACCAACGGGUGUUUCUAGGGUGUGCCUGUAUCCUGGCUUCGUGGCCUUGAAAGAAGCCGACUAUGCCUUGAAGCAGCUUUGUCGCGACAUCCCCUGGCAGCAGAGGACGGGCAUCCGUGAGAAUGUAACUUACCAGCAGCCGAGACUCACAGCAUGGUAUGGAGAGCUUCCUUACACUUACUCGAGCAUCACUAUGGAGCCAAAUUCUCACUGGCUCCCAGUGCUGCUUGAGCUCAAGAGCCAGAUUGAGGCGAACACGGGCCACACCUUUAACUCCCUACUCUGUAACCUCUAUCGCGACGAGAAGGACAGUGUGGACUGGCACAGUGACGAUGAGCCUUCCCUGGGAUCCAGUCCCGUCAUCGCCUCUCUCAGCCUGGGCACCACCCGCACCUUCGAGAUGAGGAAGAAGCCGGCCCCGGAGGAGGACGGGGACUAUAACUACGUGGAAAGAGUGAAGAUUCCACUGAGCCACGGGACCUUGUUGCUUAUGGAAGGAGCCACCCAGGCUGACUGGCAGCAUCGAGUACCCAAGGAGUACCACUCGAGAGAGCCACGCGUGAACCUGACAUUCCGUACAGUUUACCCGGACCCUGGAAGGCCGUGCCCGUGAUCGAUGACAGAUCAUCAAGACUCAGUGAAGCCUCUGAUGGAGACGCUGCCUGCGGUCAGGUUCAGGUCUGGGCUGGAGCCGGGAGCAGUUCCCGUCCAACGUGUUCACUGUGGAAACAAUCUUUAGUCGGCUCUGGAAAGCACAGAUUUUCUAAAAAUAAAAGCAGCUGUGUCUCUGCCUGGGA